GGCGUGCGGCGUAAGCAGAAGAUUCCAGAUGUCAAUGUGUAGCAAGAGCAUGGAGUCGGCAAUACGACCGAGUUCCACCUUGCCCCGGGGUGGCACGUGUAGACCUGUCGCCGCUAUCGAGGCGGGUAUGCUCGCGGGGGCGGAAAUCGUGACCGGCAGCGACGCCGAGAUCGUGGCGUCCCACUGCACCAAGGACCUCAGCUGGCUCCAGCCGUCCAUCGACUUGCUCGCGACGCUCGGCACCAAGGUGAUCGACGUGCACAUCUACUCCAAGUGGGGCCUCGCGCCGAUUGGCGCCCCUGCGGGCGCCCACCUGCACACGCUGCCCAACUUGGGCCGCAACGAUCAAGUCUACGCCGAGUACCUCGCGACGCGGCACCACAGCCUUCCGGGGCAGGUCUUCUUCCUCAAGGACAGCUCCUUCCACUACGGCGGGCACGACUUCAAGAAGUACGAGCGGUCGGCGGUCCAGAUGGCGCAGGAGCUGAGGACGCGCGGCUUCUCGUGCGGCCGCGCCCCCCCGCACUGCGGCCCCGCGGGCAAUGGGUCGCAGUGGCAUGAGCGGGCCGUCCUCGAGGCGUUCGUGCUCCGAAACUACAAGGAGAAACACACGCAGCGGCUCCGCGGGGGCGCUCCCGUCAACGCCACCUUCAACUCGCCCACCCAGUCGAUCGGCGCGUGGCUGGCGUCGGUGCUGUCACAGCCGACGUACAGCGAGCUCCGCGCUCGCGAGGUGUGGCCGGUCUGCUACGGCGGCAGCUUUGCGGCGCGUCGCGAGCAGAUUCUGCGCGUGUCGGCGGCCGACUGGGCCGCGCUGGCCAAGUCCCUCAGCCGCGCGGACAACCUCGAGGAGGGCCACUACAUGGAGCGCUCGUGGGCGGCGCUCCUCAGCCCGCCCCUGCCAACCAACGUCGCCAGACAGCUGCUGUGCCACCCGGCGGUCAAGAAGGCGCCGUACAGCGGCAUGCUCCUCGCUACGGUCGGCCAUCACACACACAAACACACACAAACACACACACACAAACACACACACAAACACACACACAAACACACACACACAAACACACACACACACACACACACACAGCGCGUAGCCAGAGCCUGGUGGCGUGGGCCGAUGAAUAUUGGUUGGCUAGGCUAGAGCUGGGAUAGGCUAGAACGGAGAUGGGUAGGCGAGCAUUGUUUUACCGUGGUCAAGCCCUGGGGCUGGACACGGGGGCGGCUCUGCGGACUGCCUGCGCGCCGCGCUUGAGCGUUGCUUGAGGCGCUGCGCCUUCUUGCUUCUAACCGCUAGCUGCGAGACGUGCGAGUGCGACUCCUGUGGACCCCGGCCAGUGCGGCCAGACCGAGACCCGAGAAACCCGAGUGCCGAGACCGCGCGGCACCGCGCUAUUACGGCUCUUUUAUCGAUUAUCCGCUCUGCCGGUAUUUC